ACAACACACGUCGCCCCCAGCUGAGCAUUGCGCAAGCGUCAAAUGAGGUUUCCAUCGUUUCCGCAGCAAUCAGAGGGAAUUCAGUUUCCGCUGCUAGUGCUCUGCCUUUCACCGGCUGCAACAUGUUUAGGACCGCUCUGCGACUUUCCUGCUCUGGUGUCCGGAGUUUAACCAGAUCAAGACCACAAUACACAGCUCCACUUGCUGCACGCGCCUACUCAAGUGGCAAACAGGAGACAGACGAAGAGUUUGACGCUCGCUGGGUCACCUACUUCAACAAGCCAGACAUUGACGCCUGGGAGCUGAGGAAAGGCAUGAACACCCUGAUUGGGUACGAUCUGGUUCCGGAGCCCAAGAUCCUGGAGGCAGCACUGAGGGCGUGCAGGAGGUUAAACGACCUGGCCAGCGCCAUCCGCAUCCUGGAGGCAGUCAAGGACAAAUCCGGCCCUCACAAAGAGAUCUACCCCUACGUGAUCCAGGAGCUUCGGCCGACCCUGACCGAGCUGGGCAUCCCCACUCCUGAGGAGCUCGGCAUCGACAAAGUAUAGAUGUCCUCGUGUCUGGUCUUCCGAUGGACUGCUGGUGUUACCUGACUCUGCGGCCCUCUGUACUUGAAAUCUUUGCCUGGUGUUAUAUGAUAUGAUAAACGUGUUAUAUUUAAUUGGCCUUUAUUAUGUUCUUUUGCUUGUAAAAUAAUGACGGACUUAAUAAAGGGAGAUUAUAUCUUUAUGACA